CCCGCAAUGUGGCGGCUGAGUUGCAGGCUCCUGCCACGCAGUGUUACGCUAUCAGCAAGCGACGGGCAGUGACAGCAACUCUUCGCAAGAGAAGAUGGCUAGAGAAACGGAAGCUAUAGUGCUGCCCCCAAUGGACUGGGCUGAUCUCUCCAUUUCCAUGCUGGAGAUUGGCUGUUCUGGACAAUUUGAAGUCAUCUCAAACCCAGCUACAGAGUCAAAUAUUCCACCCCCACACACAACGCUCCCUCAUGGCCUUCCUCCAUAUGCUGAAGACUUAAUCUCCGAGGUAGAGAAGCGUUACUUGCACGAUCCAGAAUGGCUUCCCAUCCAUAAUUUUGAGAGGGCAUUUGAGAAGUUCCAGAAUGUAUUUACUCGGGAUCGGUGUCUUGAUUCGUUGCUUCAUCUUGACACCACUCCUAUUCACUCUACUCUUAAAGUCGUGAGAAAUCCAACUACUGGGGAACUACUUGACUUCCAGGAGGAACUACUUGAAGACACUGGUCUGUCAUCCAAAAAUUCAUUGUCCCUUCAGCGUCCUCCUGGGCCUGCUUCUCAAGGGGUUAAAGGAAGCACUACAAAUUAUCCAUUUUGGCCAGGUGGAAUGGAAGAGCCAAAUUUGGACCAGAUUAAAAAAAAGAGUCAAUUUGAAGAAGAUAUUGAUUUUGAUAAAAAUUUGCUUUCAGUUCCACCAGGAUUCAAAAAAGGAAUGGAUUUUAGCAAAAAAGACCUUAAUGGCCCAUCCUCCUCAAUCAAUUUGUUCUCACUUCUGUCCUCUGUUGAUGAUGAUGCUUUUGAUCUGGGCAAUGAGGACAGGGAGGAAAUUGAUCUAGGGAAAGUCAAUGGGCAGAAGGAAGAGCAGCCUUCUAAAAAGUCUCUUCAAAAGACUAACAGCUUAGAAGAUCUUGGUGUUGAGAGUUCUGUUACAACCUCAGAUGCUAUUCUGCCUUCACCCACUUCUACCCCAGUGGUGAAAGAACUGGAAAAAGAGCACUGGGCUAUUCCAGUAGAUGUCCACACUCCCUGUACUGACUUCUAUAAACGCAUUCCUGAUCCUGCAUUUAAGUGGCCAUUUGAGUUGGAUAUAUUUCAGAAGCAAGCCAUAUUACACCUGGAGAACCAUGAGUCUGUAUUUGUGGCAGCUCACACCUCUGCUGGAAAAACAGUUGUAGCGGAGUAUGCUAUUGCUCUUUCACAGAAGCACAUGACUAGAACAAUCUACACAUCACCCAUUAAAGCCCUUUCUAAUCAGAAGUUCAGAGAUUUCAAAACUACUUUCCAGGAUGUGGGAUUGUUAACUGGGGAUGUGCAGCUCCGGCCAGAGGCAUCGUGCCUCAUUAUGACUACUGAGAUUCUCCGAUCAAUGCUUUAUAAUGGAUCAGAUGUCAUCAGAGACUUGGAAUGGGUGAUUUUUGAUGAGGUUCACUACAUAAAUGAUGCAGAGAGAGGGGUAGUCUGGGAGGAGGUAUUAAUAAUGUUGCCAGAUCAUGUCAACAUCAUCUUAUUGAGUGCUACCGUGCCCAACACAUUGGAAUUCGCUGACUGGAUUGGUCGAAUCAAGAGAAAGAAGAUUUAUGUAAUAAGUACACUAAAGAGGCCUGUACCACUCGAACAUUACCUGUACACAGGAAAUAGUACCAAAACUCAAAAAGAGCUGUUCUUGUUGGUUGAUGCAUCUGGCAAUUUCCUUACAAAAGGGUAUUAUACUGCUGUAGAAGCAAAAAAGGAACGCACAAGUAAACACGCACAGUCGUUUGGUGCAAAGCCUGCAGCUCAUGCAGCGACAGCUAGUCAGGAUCGAUCAGUUUGGUUGUCUCUUUUAGAUGCUUUGUAUAAAAAAGACCAGCUUCCUGUUGUUUGUUUCACAUUUUCACGGUCCCGCUGUGAUGAGAACGCUCGUGGGCUUGUUACACUGGACCUUACCACCAAUGCUGAAAAGAGUGAGAUCCAUGUUUUCUUUCACAAAUGCAUUGCACGACUGAAAGGUACAGACAAGCAACUUCCACAGGUCCUGCAAAUGAUAGACCUUCUGAAAAGAGGAAUUGGAGUUCACCACAGUGGGAUCCUGCCAAUUCUCAAAGAGGUUAUUGAGAUGCUGUUUACCAAAGGCCUUGUAAAGGUGCUGUUUGCAACUGAAACAUUUGCUAUGGGAGUAAAUAUGCCAGCAAGGACUGUGGUGUUUGACAGCAUUCGGAAACAUGAUGGAACAGCGUUUCGGGACCUUCUUCCAGGUGAAUAUAUUCAGAUGGCAGGGAGGGCUGGCCGUAGAGGUCUUGACACCACAGGCACAGUAAUAAUCCUGUGCAAGUCAGGAGUUCAUGAAAUGGCUGACCUGCACAAGAUGAUGUUGGGCAAGCCAACUAUGCUGCAGUCCCAGUUUCGCCUUACGUAUACCAUGAUCCUGAAUCUGCUUCGUGUGGAGGCUCUGCGUGUAGAAGACAUGAUGAAGCGCAGUUUCUCGGAAUUUCAUACACGGAAGGAUAGCAAAGUUUAUGAGCAGAAGAUUGCUGAAAUGACCAAGACAUUAUCAUCAAUGCCAGAAGUUGAUAAUGUUGGACAGUUGUGUGAUUUAGAAAGCUACUAUGUAACUGUCCAAGAGAUAAUUCACACCAGAAGAGAAUUGCAGAAAAGAGUUAUGGAGUCUGUUAAUGGACAGAAGGCACUCUCAGUUGGGCGAGUAAUUGUGGUCAAUAAUUUGAAGCAUAAAAAUGCAUUGGGGGUCAUAUUACAGGUCUCAUCAGAUGCAGUAAACCGUACAUUUACCACACUAGUUCUUUGUGAAAAAAAUGCAGAGCAGGUUGUGUCUCAAGAUGAUAAGGCAGCACUCACCCCAGAGGAUCUAGUACCAAGGAAGCUCUUCCUGCCUGAUGGACCUUGUAGCAGCAUUAUAGAGAAGCUCAAAUCAGAAGAUAUAUUUAGUGUAACUGCCAAAACACUCAAAAUUCACACUGAUAGAAUUAUUGAUGACUUCAAUAAACGACAGAUGCCACGGUUUAAACAUGAUCCUCCAGGUCAGGCUGUUACUACAACAACCCAAGAGCUUCUGAGGCUUACUGAAUCAAACCCAAAUGGCAUUCCAGCGCUGGAUCCAGUGAAUGAUUUUCAAAUAAAAGAUUUAGAAGUUGUUGAAAGCUCAAUGAGGCUUAGACAUUUGGAGGAAGUACUGGGAACGUUUAACUGUGUACACAGUCCAAAAUUCUCCGAGCAGUAUGACAGGCUAAAUAAACGAAUGCAGAUUCAGGAUGAGCUUGAUCGGUUACGAUACCUUAUAUCAGAUCAAAGCUUGCUUCUUCUUCCAGAAUAUGAGCAAAGAAUUAAGGUUCUAAAAGUUCUAAAAUACAUCGAUGAUUCUUGCACUGUGCAGCUCAAAGGACGUGUGGCCUGUGAGAUCAGUAGCCAUGAACUGAUGGUAACUGAACUUGUCUUUGAUAACGUGCUGAGUGACCUGCCACCCGAGGAAAUCGCUGCUUUGCUGUCAUGUCUGGUGUUCCAACAGAAGACCCAGGUUGAACCAGAGAUCAGUACUUCUCUUCAAGAGGGUAUAAAGCGCAUUCAGAGUGUAGCUGAACGUAUAGCAUCUAUCCAGAGGGAUUGUGGUAUGCGAGAGUCGGGAGAAGACUACGUGGCACAAUUUAAAUUUGGUCUGCUGGAGGUGGUGUACUGCUGGGCAAGAGGCAUGCCCUUUUCUGAAAUUGCUCUGCUUACGGAUGUCCAGGAAGGCAUAGUGGUGCGUUGCAUCCAAAGGUUGGAUGAAACAUGCCGGGAUGUAAGGAAUGCUGCACGGAUCAUCGGUGACCCUGUGCUCUGUGCCAAAAUGGAACAAGCAUCAAUGAUGAUCAAGCGUGAUAUCGUUUUUGCCGCCAGCUUGUACACCCAAUGAGCAGUUCAUUUUUGGACUCAUUAGAGCAAACGAGAUGUGAACAUUGUUGCUGGGAGUUUUUUUUGUGCUUGAGAGACGACAAAGACAUUAAGACAUCCCACAUUAUCAUAUUACCAUCUUUGAGGAAUAAACAUAGCAUUAAAAACUAUAUGAAAACGCAUCAGCCAAAGAAUGAAAAAAUAAACAUAAGUACCAAAAUACAGAGGAGGUUAGAGGUACACAUAGAUAUCAGCAGCCUGUGUGGUGAAAGAUUUGGUCACAUACUAAAUCUAUGCAUUAAAAAGACAAAUGUCACUGGAUAUAUAGUGUCAGUCGAUAACAAACUUCUUUCAAAAGUUAAUAUAAAUAGUGGCUUAUUCGUAAAACCUUGAUUAAGCUUCAUUCAAAACAAAAUAUUAAAAUUAGCCUAUUUUUUAAUUUCUUCGCAAGCCUUUAAAAGUUUAAAGGAAAUUAUUGAAAUGUGCGGAUGAGUGAAUGGCCAAGAAGUAUUGACGUUUCUUCCUCACUGCUCGAGGGACUCUCAUUUUAUUCUUGGCCUGGAUAGUGUUUGUGUCUGCUGUUUGCACGUUACUCCUUGUCCAUACAGAUUUAACUAUUGGUGGUCACACCGUAAAGAAGUACACGGCAGGUUAAUGACAGGCCUGCUGUCUAUGGAUGUGUGCCCUUCAGUCGAGUGCCAUCUCUUUUAAGGUUGGGUUUUGGUUUGUGCUCACAGCUUCAGAAAUCGGCUGUGGCUUCUUGUGACCAUUUAAUUGAAAAAAUGUUUAGAAAAUGAUUGGUUAUUUUGAAUUGUUCUUGUUUUCUUAUUUUGCAUUUCAUUAAUUCAUUGUCCAGCCCACUCAGCAAGUUUAGUGUCACGGGGAGCUGCUGCCCACUCUUAACAGCACUGGGCUCAGUGCAGGAGCUAACCCAAAAUUGGGCAAAACUCAUUCAUACUGAGCUGAUUCAGAGGGGAACUGAGGUGAUAACACGCAGCAUUAAGCACUUCAUUCACAUUUCAGAUUGAUAGUCAAUGAAGAACAAAUUAACCAAAAACAUUUUAAAGAAUUUGAAUUCCAUGAUGAGGUUUGAAAACUCACAUAAUUCGGAUCAUUGGGAGCGUCUCAUUAUUUACAUACCCACCCUUUUAGUGAAUUUAAUCUUUCAUCCUCAGGGCUGAAGAGAGCUCCUCUGUUCUGUUAGCAGCCGUCAAAAACACAGACAGGCAGAUAAAUAUUUGAUCGAAUUGAGCCAAAGUGCACUGUGCCAGCUACUUCAAUAAAAACAGAGAAUUAGGCGUGCAUGUUCAUCAUCUUGAUUAUGGCGCAUAUUUAAAUUAUUUCACAGAGAACCCCCAAUGUGCAAGAGUACCUUUGUAACUGGACAUUUAAGACCAUUCGUGCUGUCCUGGGCUCUGGGUAUUGCUAAUCCUGAAGAGGGAAAUUAAAAAGGAGCAAUAAAGGGAAUGAUCCAUUCUUGGACAUUUUAAAAUGCUUUUGGUCUUUGUUGCUGGGUAUGCUUACUUUGAAUGGGUCUCAUCAGCAGGGUUGCCAGUUCCUGGAAAUAUUCUCAGUUCAAUGACAGGAGAUUUUUGGCCUAAUGAUGCUUUAGACCAGCCCAAUGAAUGACGUUGUUGACAACCGGGUGCUGUUGAUUUCUUUUUUGGAGGGGUUCACCUUGGAGUAGUGCCACUGUUGACGUUUCUUUGCCCCCCUUGGAGUUUUACCGCUAUUGACAUUUGUUUCCCCCUUGGAGUUUUGUCGUUUGGAUGGCUGCACACACCCUAAAAAAUACCACAAAAAACUGAAAACUGCAAAAUUGAAAUCAUUCCCCGCACGACAUUUUCAAAAAUAGUCCAAUUUGGCUUGAAAACCACAAGUGGCAACCCAGCUCACCAGAGGUUUGGUCAAGUGAUGAAUUAAUUGUUAAACUAAGUGAUGUGGAGUGGAUGCUGAUUAAAAUUGUUAAAGAAUGAGUUUGGUACUUUUUCAAGUCAAAGUAGUUUCUUCACAGACAUGCUCUGUAUGUGUUUGCACCGCAAAAUAGUGUUUUAAAGUUAAUGUUUUUCUAUAAAUUAAAAAAAAUAUGAGGGGCAGUCAAAAAGUUCCCAGAAUUGUGAUAUAGCCGGAGAGUACGAGAUCAGAUUAUGCACCCAUUGUUGUAGAGGGGAGCGCAGCACGUCUGUAGACCAGUUACAACAGGUCUGAAUUAGUUUCACUGUGUGGUAUUGUUUUAAUUACCGUUCGAGUUAGACAUGUGCAUAGUCAAUCGGCACAAUGUCGCAGUUCCAACAACGUGCUAACAUCAAGUUCAUGUGCAAAUUGGGGAAAUCAGCUUUAGAGACACUAACAAGUGCUGCAGUGCCGCUGCGAUGUGUGCGUAAUCUGAUCAAUGACUCUCCUGCUAUAGCACAAAUUCGGGAACUUUUUGACUGCCCCUCAAAUAUAUCUUGCCCACACAGGCACAUUGCAGUCUAUGGGACGUGGAGAAAAAGCAUGAAAACCUAUCGGAUACGUCCAUUUUUCACUCCAAGACAGUUGUUGAGUCUUAUGAUUACACACACACUGUAAAAUGGUAUAAUGCAUGUCAUUUUUUAACCAAAAACAGCAAUAAUAUGAAAUUCAGCUAUUUUAAAAGAAGACAGCUCAGUAUUUUGUCUUAAUGCGGCACAACCUUUCAUACCACUUGUGCGUGGUUUCCUCCCGACAGACCAAAUCACAGUGAGCUGUUCAUACAAUAUGGUUAGGUUUCCAUAUUUACGUGACAAUUCAUGCAAGUGAUAGACAAUUUAUUCUUACCAUGAUAACAUAUCAUCACAUGAUAAAGUGAUUAUUUCCACAUCCCUUAUGUUGUCACAAACGCGUUGGAAACACUGAAGGAGCAGAUCAAUACUCAGCAAUUAUAAUUUGCUUGAAAACUGGAUAUAUUUAGUACAUUUUUGUGCUUUGUCUCCGUGCCCCGUAGCCUCCAUUAUAAAGUACCAGAGUGGGCAAGACAUUAUUAAGAUUAGAAAUCGCUUAACUUUAGAACACACUUUUAUGUGGCAAAUGCAUAUAUAGCAAUGCUUGUGAACAUAUCAUUUUGACUUGAAAAACAGCAAACUUCUCCUUGAUCUGUGUGACUUUGUUGUUACUCCAAACAGCCCGCUUUAUAUGGAACAGCAAUGCUAAUAUUAGAAGAAGCUGAACAAACCGACAGGAGGUAACGUUGGCUUUUCUUAUCGUCACAAAGCUGAGGCGUGAAUGUGUUGCUUCCUCUUCAUGUGCCACAUGUCUUACAAAGGUAGGAAUGUGAGUUUAUUCUAUUUAUUAUAAAAUGGGAUAUUAUUAAACCAAAGAAUAUU